UACUGGUCCAAAUGAGCCCUCUGACUGACAAAAGAAAUGCCUCAAUUCUGCAUGCACUUUUAUAUCGGUCAGAAAUGGAGUAGUACCACAUGGGGAAGAUGGCACAAGUCUGUCAGAAAGCGGAAAAAACAAAAAGACAGGGAGAUGAGCUGAGCUGCAUGCUGGUUGGAGAUGGAGCUGUUGGAAAGACCACCAUGAUCAUCAGCUACAUCUUUAAUGGAUACACUAGAGAGUACAGGCAGACAGCGUUUGAUGUUUUCACUGGUUUUGUUCAUGUGGAUGGAAUCCCAACUCGGAUCAAGCUGGUAGACACAGCUGGCCAGGAGGAGUUUGGCCAGCUUCGCUGUCUGUGCUAUGCCCACGUGGACGUCUUCAUCCUCUGCUUCAGCCUGGUCAACCCCGUCUCCUUCCACAGCGUCUCUUCCAGGUGGAUUUCACAGAUCCGAGGUUCAAACCCCACUUCCCCCAUAAUUCUGGUGGGAACUCAGUCGGACCUGCGUCACGACGUGGACGUGCUGGUUGAGCUGCACCAACAGAGCAGCAGACCGGUGGGCUUCCGGCAGGCCAGACGACUCGCAGACAGGAUCAGAGCUCAGGACUACAUGGAGUGCUCAGCUCUGACCCAGCACAACCUCAAAGCUGUGUUUGACUCUGCUGUGUCUGCUGCCGUCCGGCACAAACAUGAUGAAGGUACUCAAGCCAGGAAAUUCAACCCACUUAAACGGUUAAAGUCAUUCGGAGGUUUGAGAAAAAUGUUCAGAUUUGUUUAAUAUUAAUACAGAAUAGUGGAUACUGCUUAUUUUUCAUUGUUAUGAACAUGCCUUUUACCACUAUAUGCAAAUAGAAAAUGAUUUUGAAACUUCCCUUAAUAAAACUAUAGCUGUGUUUCAUUUUGCAUCAUACACAGUGGCGUCUCUAAUAUAAAUUAUGAUUCUUACAAAUCAGUUUAUUCAAAUAAUGAAAAUUUGCAGUCUAAAUCUCUCAUUUCUUCCUUAUAUUGAAAGCCCAUUUGUCUGUUGCUAUUGUUUAGAUCCUUUUAAAUGUUGUAUAUGUUUUCCAGUAAAUGUCUUGCAGUUUUACGGUCCUGUUGUUGUAUUUUUGGUUGAACUAUUAAAUACUGAACCCGCUAACCAUCAGAA